UGUCACUCCGUCGCAAGUCUGCAAGUCUGCCUGCCAAACAGCCUCCUCAGCUGCUGCCAACGACAAUUCAACGUCCGAGAGCCGGAGGCAUCGGGCCCACGAACGGCGAUCCGAAGCAACGGACACAUUCGCAGGCUUCCGCGGAAGAGGUUUCUCCAUCAGAGAUAUUCGAGCUUUCGAAGCUUCCUCCUGAGAUCAGAAAUAUAAUGUACAGUAUUGAGAGUUUAUCGCAAUCUCCAACCACGGACAGAUCACUCCCCCUCAGCCACGAAAUCUUCGAGCUGCCAUGCGUCACCGACCUAACCUCUAUCCCGAGGUUCUCAAGAUCUACCAUCGGGAAUAACACUUCCUCCUCCGGUACAAGAACGAAGAAGAUUUUGAUGAGAACGUUUCGAUGGAGCUGGUUCGAUCCAUUCGACACCUAACGAUCGGCCAGGGAGAUAUGGAAGGGAUGCAUCCAGUACCACCCAAACCUCUCAGACUUUCGCGUCCAUCUGGUGAGGAGGGACAUCCGUCGUUCCGUGUGUAUCGUGAUUUCCAUCCACCACUUCGUCGAAGUGGUGUGGCACAACCCUUUCGACACGAAGAUCCAUCAGGCGCUAGGGCUCCGAAGCAUCAGUGUCAACCUGCGUCUAUAUCCUCGCCUUUAUUCCGGAACGGGAGCCCUGGAGUACUCGCAUUUGUGGAUUUGAUAUUCCGCUUCUUCCACUGCCUUACCCGACUAAUUGUCUACGCCACCCAGUCGCCCCACGCCAAGAAUCAUCCGCAUUACAGUCUGUCGUUGGAGAAGGAGGCGGAACAGUUUGACGAGAAGGUGCAGUUGACAAGUGUGGCUACGCAUAUGGAGAAGUUUGAGGGAAAGGAUCGGGGUUUGGGGUUCAAGUAUCAGUGGCUGGGAAAGGAUAGGGCGGGAGAUUUUUUGGUAUGGAGAAGAGGAGGGUGAUGAUUGGAGACGACUUAAUUGGAAGGAAAAAGAUUGGAAACUAUUGAUUUGGAUAAGUUCGCUUCCCCUUGGCUCAUUUUACGGGAUAUUGAUGAACCUGCGAGGCUGGAUUUUUGAGAUCAGCAGCUGUAUCUGGAACAUGGGUCGCCACAAGAGAUGAGCCUCCAAUGUGAAGAGGUUGCUUCCGGUCUUCAGUAGGUCUUUUUCGGGACUUCCUUCAUGCACACAAUGAUGAACGAGAAAGAGGAUUUUUGAGGCACGAUGACCCUUCACAAAGUGGAGUCUGUAUUUUGGCAAGUG